UAGCCACCACGCGACAAGAAGCCCUGAAGCAACGACAUGACCUCCUCCUCUCACGCUCCUCGCUUUUGGAGUACCAUACCACCGUGCUCAGCUAGCUCCGCCUGCGAGGCUGCGACGCGGACGCGCCAUUGCUGCUCCUGCUGCUGCCAGUGCUAGCUGCUUCUGUAAUGAAGAAGCUCCAGCUCACCGCGGUGUCGCUCCCGGCGCUCGCCGUCGUCGCCGUCGCCGUGCUGCUGCUCACGGCGCGCCGCCCUUCUUUCCUCCGAUGGUACGAGCCCAGCAUCGCGUCGGUGCCGCCCGGUCCUGCUCCUUCGUCUGCUUCUUCUUCUUCCAAGAGCGCGCCGCCCGCCGUCGCCCGGGUGCCGAGCGACUGCGACAUCUUCCGCGGAGAGUGGGUGCCCGCCGCGGCCGCCGACGACGGCGCGGCGCCGUACUACACGAACCGGAGCUGCGCGGAGAUCCAGGAGCACCAGAACUGCAUGAAGUACGGCCGCCCCGACCUCGGGUUCCUGCGGUGGCGGUGGCGGCCUGAGCGGUGCGAGCUGCCGCGGUUCGACGCGCCGGCGUUCUUGCACCUCGUCAGGGGCAGGUCGAUGGCGUUCGUCGGCGACUCGCUCGCCAGGAACCAUAUGCAGUCACUCCUGUGCCUCCUGUCCAAGGUGGAGUCCCCCAAAGACGUGUCGAAGACGACGGAUCCAGAGUUCAGGACGGUGCGCUACGAGUCCCACAACUUCACCGUCGCCGCCUUCCGGUCGCCGUUUCUCGUCACGGCGAACCAGUCGGACCCCGCCGGCGGGCUGUGGGACCUCUACCUCGACGAGCCGGACGCCGUCUGGGUGACCGGCGUGGCGGGAUUCGACUACGUCGUCGUCUCCACGGCGAACUGGUUCAACAAGCCGUCCAUGUUCUACGAGGCCGGCCGCCUCGUCGGCUGCCACUACUGUCUCGUCCCCGGCGUCGCCGACCUCACGCUGCGGUACUCUCUGCGCGCGGCGUUCCGCACCGCGCUGCGGGCACUGCUCACCGCCGGCGGCGGCGCCGGCUUCAACGGCACGGUGGUCGUGCGGACGCUGUCGCCGACGUCGCACUUCGAGGGCGGGGAGUGGAACAAGGGCGGCGACUGCCGGCGGACGCGGCCGUACGCGGCCGGCGAGGCGCGGGUGGCCCGGCGGGACGUCGACCUCCACGAGCUGCAGGUGGAGGAGUUCGAGAAAGCCGAGGCGGAGGCGCGGGCGAGCGGGUGGCCCGCGAGGCUGCUGCUGCUGGACACGACGGCGGCGAUGUGGCUCCGGCCGGACGGGCACCCGAGCCGGUACGGGCACUGGGCGCAUGAGAACGUGACGCUGUACAACGACUGCGUGCACUGGUGCCUGCCCGGCCCGAUCGACGUCUGGAACGAGAUGUUGCUCCAAUUGCUGCUGCGUAAUUCGUAGCAGCAUUUGCAAGCGAGAGAUUUUUUCUUUCUGAUCUUGUAAUUUCUUCAGAACUUUAGCUUGCUGCCGAAAUUAAAGAAUGAAAGAGAUAACGAAAGAGCCAUGCUUUUUUUUUAAUAGACUGCUCUAUCGUUUUGAUCGAAAUUGAUU